CCAUGUAUACAUCGUAGAGCGGCUGGUUGACAUGAGAAACGUGGACAUUUUUGGAGCAACAGAAAUUUCUUGGCCUCCAAACUUCCAAGUUUUAUUUGAGCACCACCACCACUAUAUAUAUAGCGUGUUUCUGCUAAUCAAUUAGGUGCUGAAAAUGGAAGGUGAAAGGCUGUUCGAGGUCGAGGAGUUCUCGGCUGGGUAUUACGGUCUCUGUACAGCUGGAGGAAUGCUCAGCGCUGGCAUUACUCAUCUCGCCAUUACUCCUCUCGAUGUCUUGAAGGUUAACAUGCAGGUGGACCCUCUCAAAUACCGAGGCAUUUCAUCAGGGCUUAUAACACUAUGGAGAGAGCAAGGCCAUUCUGCUCUCUGGAGAGGUUGGUCAGGGAAACUAUUCGGAUAUGGAGUUCAAGGAGGAUUUAAAUUUGGUCUUUAUGAAUACUUUAAAAGGUCCUAUUCUGAAUUGUUAGUUGAUCAACGUAGGAGUGUUAUAUUCUUCCUCAGCGGUGCUUCAGCUCAAGUAUUUGCUGAUGUGGCCCUCUGUCCCUUUGAAGCUGUCAAAGUUCAGGUCCAAACUCAGCCUCAUUUUGCCAGGGGAUUAACUGAUGGAUUUCGCAAAUUGUAUGUGAAUGAAGGCCUUUCAGGCUUUUACAAGGGACUCUUUCCACUUUGGGGGCGUAAUCUUCCAUUUUCCAUGAUCAUGUUUUCGACAUUUGAGCACUCAGUAGAUCUGAUGUACCGGAAGGUCAUACAGAGAAGGAAGGAAGAUUGCUCAAGAGCCGAGCAACUCGGUGUGACAUGCUUAUCAGGUUAUGCUGCUGGAUCUGUUGGUACUGUAAUAUCUAAUCCCGCUGAUAAUAUUGUCUCAUUUCUUUACAACAGAAAGGCUGAGACAGUUAGACAGGCUAUUAAAGAGAUUGGACUUGUUAAUUUGUUUACGAGAAGUCUUCCUGUUCGAAUCACACUUGUGGGCCCUGUUGCGACUCUGCAAUGGUUUCUCUAUGACACAAUUAAAGUGUUAACUGGACUGCCAACAAGUGGGGGGCUUACCCGACAUGAGAAGGAUCCUAACUUACUCAGACAAUAAAUAACGGCUCCCUCAGAAAGAGUCAUGUGAAGUGUGGUGGCCUCAAUCACCUUCCUUGGCUUGUUCAGUUGUCUCCUUGUCAGUAGUUAUCUGAUUUCCAUCUGGUUGCGACUUGUAAAUAUGACUUAGAAGAGAAAAUAGAAAAGGAUGACUUUGCAAUUGCCACGCACUGCUUCGGGUCUCAGAUUUCAUUUGUGACCCCUUGGAUCAUUGUUAUUCAUUGUUUCAUAAUGUAUUGUAUUAUAUUAUACUAUAUUGUAUUGU